AUGGCGCCGAGGCCAACAGCUCCAUCAGCCAGACGGUCGCCACCCUUCAUCGGCAUGCCCAGCAGCUCCGUGGGGAACAGCCCGAGCACGAUGGACAACAACGGCCACCACCAUCACCCCCAUCGUGUUGAUAAGGACGUCGAGAUGUUCAAUGCCGACGCGGACGCGGAGGCCGAGAGCGAGACUACGCCCCAGAUGCAGCAGCCACGCGGGCGCAACGGCCUCCGACGCGUCGCCCUUGAGCAUCUCGCUCAAGGAGGUCGGCAACCCGAGGGUCAAGCGGAUCGCGCCGCAAACCUGUACACGAAUUUUGACGUCAACGUGCCCCAGCUCAGCUCUUCGUUGGUCGUCCCGAUCGGCCCGCUCGCUGCGGCCGCCGAGAACGGCAUGAGCGCUGUCGAGGAGGCUGCUCAAGGCUCAGGUCCAGGACGUCGUGCGAGUCUGCAACACUGCCCUAGCGGCGGCUUGUCGCAGAAGAUUACGGUGCCCGUGCAGGGCGUGGUCAUGGUUCAGCUCAAGGAAGUCACCAAUGCAAUGGACUCCUCGACCGUGUAUAUUCGGCGGGCGAUCGCGGUGAAGGAGCGGAGGAUACUGUCGGUCUACCAGCCUGAGGAGCUUUCGGACUUGGGCACUGGGACGAACGAGGGGCCGAGCUCGUAG